GGCCGUCACUUUCAUUGCAUACCUUUUUCUCUUCGCUUCUCUUCUUGUUUUGCCAAAAAUGUGCUGUCCAAAUACUUCUCUGCCCAAAAACUGAGGAACCGAGGAUUUGCACAGCCCACGAACAAGGCAAAUCCGUUGAAAUCAAAUGGACAAAACCGAUUCAAUCAGUGGUUUCUCUGAUCUUGUUCAACUUCCAGAUUUCUCUCAGUAUGUUGAAAUUGAUCCCACUGGCAGAUAUGGAAGAUACAAUGAAAUUCUCGGCAAAGGAGCUUCCAAGAUAGUUUACAGAGCAUUUGAUGAGUAUGAAGGGAUUGAAGUUGCUUGGAAUCAGGUCAAACUCUGUAACUUUCUUCAAUGUCCUGAAGAUCUUGAGAGGCUAUACUCUGAGAUUCACCUCUUAAAAACAUUGAAACAUAAGAACAUUAUGAAAUUCUAUACUUCUUGGGUCGAUACUGCAAAUAAGAACAUCAACUUUGUAACUGAAAUGUUCACUUCUGGGACUUUGAGGCAGUUUAGGCUAAAGCAUAGGAGAGUUAACAUUAGAGCAGUGAAGCGAUGGUGUAGACAAAUUUUGAGGGGUCUUCACUAUCUCCAUAGCCAAGACCCUCCUGUCAUCCACAGAGAUCUCAAGUGUGACAACAUUUUUGUUAAUGGUAACCAAGGAGAAAUUAAAAUUGGAGACCUUGGCCUUGCUGCUAUCCUCCGGAAAUCACAUGCUGAUCAUUGUGUUGGGACACCAGAGUUCAUGGCUCCUGAAGUAUAUGAAGAGGCAUAUAAUGAAUUGGUAGACAUUUAUUCUUUUGGGAUGUGUGUUUUGGAGAUGGUUACGUUUGAAUAUCCAUAUAGUGAAUGUAGUCAUCCUGUUCAAAUCUAUAAGAAAGUAAUUUCUGGGAAAAAACCAGCUGCCUUGUAUAAAGUGAAGGAUCCAAGCAUGCGGCAAUUCGUUGAGAAAUGCUUGGCACCAGUCUCUUGUAGACUUUCAGCAAGGGAGCUUUUGAGUGACCCUUUUCUCCAAGUUGAUGAUGGUGAAAGCAAGUCGAAAAUCUCAAAUUCUCGAGGAGAACUGGACGAUUUUGCUUCCACUAUAGCUCACCCUUUCCUUGAACAAGAAAAAAGAUUUAGCUCAAUUAGUUACAGUUUUGAGACCUCAGAUGAAUGGAGGUGCCAUACAGUUCAGAAGGAAGCCGAUGGGAUUGAACUUUUUGAGGACGAUGAUAAUGACAUAUUGGAAAAUCUUGAUAACAGUAUUAAGGGGAAGAUCAGAGAAGAUGGCAGUAUCGUCUUAAGACUUAGGAUUGCAGAUAAAGAAGGACGUAUUCGGAACAUAUAUUUCCCAUUUGACACCAAGAAUGAUACGGCAUUAACAGUAGCCACCGAAAUGAUAGCAGAACUUGAUAUUACUGACCAAGAUGUGAUCAAGAUAGCUGAAAAAAUUGAUGGGGAAAUUGCUUCCUUGGUACCUGACUGGAAGCCAGGGCCUGGCAUAGAUGAAACACCUCGUAUCUCUUAUGACGGUGGCUCUCGAAGCUACAACGAUUCUAAUCAACCAUCUGAUAAUUCUUUGAUAGAGAAUAAGGGAAAUGGAGCCAAACUCUAUCAGAUUUUAAACUGCAGCAUAGAUGGACGUGCUUUAGUGCAAGGACACUUCGAGCAAGGGCAGUUCUCCCUCAAAGCAGAUCAGCCUACACAGUCUGUGGUAGAGAGCAGACCAAAAGUGUCAAGCCAACACAAUCAGUCAAACUCUGCCCUCCAUGAAAACCAAGCUCUUAGUUCUCAUAGUUUUAGACAAAGACAUUCUGGUGAAAAUUACAAGAAAACUGACCAAUCAGUCACUGUUGGGUAUAGCAAAGAAAAAGUACCAGAUACCAAAGCUACUGUCAUUGAUAGAACUUCACUAAGAAGUUUAUUGGGUUCCCGAUCGUUGUCCACGGUUCCAUCCUAUUGUGAAGAUAAAUUUGCCUCCCAAAUCCAUUGGGAAAUUAGAUGGCUAUGGAAUUGAGAUAAUUUAGAGACAUCAGUUGGAACUUUUUUUGCAGUCCCUCUACAUCGCUACAAGCAAUAGAGGAUGCAAGUGAAAACGCUGUUUUUAUUGGACAAGAUUGUGAAGAUUUAAAUCAUAGUUGAGGUUAUUUCGUUGUAGCUGCCCCGUUUGGAUACCCAAAGGGUCCGAAACUGUGAGGCGUUAGCUAGAUUUUUCUUCAAUUGCAGAGUAUAUAUUCAAGAAUCAAAGAUUACAGGCACAUUCCCUCCAAGCAACAAAACAACUCACUACCAAUUGCUGUUUUUUUAUUGUACAGAAAUAUGUAAGCUAUUCACAGCAUUUACUGUACUUUUUUCACUUACAUCGUCACCUUUUUUUUCUUCUUGAUCAUUGUUUUAGUUCACAAAGUUAUUGGAAUUGUAAUGGAUAUUCUCUUAUAGACAAUGAAAAAAGAUGCAAGUGUUCUCCUGGUUAUUCAA